AUGCCAACGGAGCGCUCGCCGACAAGGGCUUCAACAGGCUCCAUGGCUGAAAACAUGAAUCCAAUGGCAGAACAGCCAACGGGUACACACAUAAACAAAGUCGCCGUCCGCGCACCACCCUUUUGGGAAAACGAGCCCGAGUUAUGGUUCGCACAACUCGAAGGACAAUUCCUGCUCGCUGGCGUUACGCAAGACGCUACCAAGUACGCCCAUGUACUUUCGCAAAUCGACACGAGGUACGCACGUGAGGUCAAGGACGUAAUCACCGACCCACCUGCGACGGACAAAUACCUCGCGAUUAAGACUGCCUUAAUCCGUCGACUGUCAGCCUCACAAGAGCACAGGAUUCGCCAACUUCUAGAACACGAAGAGAUGGGAGACCGCAAGCCUUUUCAAUUCCUGCGGAACCUACGCACGCUCGCUGGAAAUGCCGUACCCGAACAACUACUACGCACGUUGUGGCUCGGGCGGUUACCAACCACUAUUCAAGCCAUUCUGGCGACCAGAGUGCAAGACCGACUGGAGGACGUCGCAGAACAGGCGGAUCGUAUACAAGAGGUCACCGUUCGUUCAGUUAACGAGGUAAAAACGGCGCCAGACGACCCAUCACCGAUGGCCCACCAAAUACGGCAACUCACCAACCAGGUGGCAGCCAUGGCUCGACGUCUCGAGCAAACACCUCACCCACGGAACCGAAACAGAAGCAAAUCAAGGGAGAAGAAGAAACGAGAUCAUCUCUGCUUCUACCAUGGGAAGUUCGGGCAACACGCUCGAAAGUGCACCCAGCCGUGCAACUUCCAAUCGGGAAACGAGCGAGGGAGUCACUGA